CAAACAAUGGAUUCACGUUUCGCGUGUCGCAGCGUUGAAAAAUAGAAUUUCGUUGUUAUUUAAGUAUACUUUUAAGCCAAAUUACCUAUCAAACUCAAUAAAAUAGUCCGCGAGUAACAUAGAAAGCUUUUUAUAGACGUUUUUUAAUGUGUGUCUUCUAGUCUUCCUUGAGAGUGAUCAUGAGUUCGUUAGCGGGUUUGGUAGCGAAUUACGGAGAUUCGGAUGAGGAGCACGACGAAAAUGGGUCUUCAAGACCAUUACCCAGUGCGGCGGCGGCACACGCCCCGGCUGCGUACACUCAUAGUUCCGCAGCCAUUCAUCCACCGCCUAUACCUCAUUGCCCCUGGUCAGCGUGUUAUGACGAGGGCAGUGGAUUCACUUACUACUGGAACCAGCAGACUAAUGCAGUGACCUGGGAGGCGCCGCCGGAGUACCUACUAGCUCUCAAAUUGGCACAACAGCAGUUGAAUACUUCAGGAUCCACAGAAGUGUCAGCAGAAGAAUGGCAGUUGUACCAGCAAGCGUUAGCAGAGAAACAGAAUGUUCAAAACAAGAUGGCGGCCAAGGCUAGCAUCUUGAAGCCCACGAGGAAGGUGGAGAAACCUGUUGAUGUCAAGUCAAAGAAAGAUGACAAGGGCAAGAAAAGACCCGCCAGCGAAGAUGAAGAGGAAAAAAUAGAACUGAUAACAUCAUACUACAAUUCAGACUCUGAAUCGAAUGACGAGUCGGAGUCUCCAGUCAAGUCUUCCAUACCACCGAAACCUCAGACUGUCAAACCACAAACAGCACCGAAGCAACCUGUAAAGAAGCAGAAGAAACAGCCUACAGUAGAGUAUGGGCCGAGCUUGCCUCCAAACCAGAACUACACAGUGCCUAUAGGACCGGAGCUACCUCCAAAACUUACAAAUACUGUCAAGUCGCCCGAGCACAAGACAAUUCCUAAAGAUGAGGGAAAGUCAACGCCAAAUUCAACAGAAAUUGACGAGAGUAUAGAUGAAAAUGCAUUAUUAAACAAAUUAAAAGACAAAGCAAAAUUACUAGAAAAGCUCGGAGGAGAAUUGCCAUCGGAAUUAAAGAAAAUAAUACGAGAUGAAAAUAGUUCUGGUACGAAUUCACCAAUAAAAAGUGAUGGUUGGAAAGAGAAAAUAUUGGACACAAACAUUGAUGACUUGCUAGAUGAAAUAGAAAAGAAAGAACUUCCUAAAGUCAAAUCUAAAUCUGACGAACAAAGUUGCAAAUCGAAUGGAACAAGUGCCAGAAAUUCUCCCAGAAGCACUGACACGCCUCCUAGAGAGGAAAUCAAACCCUUAUUCCCAAGUAGUAAAGUGAUUGCCGAAGAACCUGAGAAACCUGUUGGGUUAUUCCCGAGCGCAGCUAAUAUUCGGGAAAGUAGCCCUGAGAAAAUCCAAUCUUCUACUCCUCCACCUCCGGCGGAAAAGAAACCAAACAUGUAUCUAUCAGAUGUUAGCGAAGUGACUAAUGUUAACCGGAAGAAGCUUCGAAUUUCAAAUUCUGUUCUACCCGAACGACCAAAGGCUGAAGCUCCGUCUUAUACUACGAAAUACUCGUCACAUAUUGAAGGAUUCUCUUCAGAAAGGACUGGCUUAGGUUUUAGUAAGGAAGAAGAGAGUGGUACCAGUCCAAAGGCAACAAUAAGUUACGGGAAUGGUCUCAUGUUUACUAAGGGAGAGACAUUGAAUGAGGAGAAGAGGGACGAAGACUUGGACGACAUGAUGGAGCUGGUGGAAGCUAAGCUCAAGUAUUUGAACCAGUUGCAGCCAUGUGUCGUCACACCCGUGGCGGAGAUGCUCAUACAGAUGCAGACGCUGAUGUCGGCGUUCCGCGCGGGCGCGCUGUCGGGCGCGUACUGGCGGCGCUGGGUGGCGGGCGGCACGGCCGCGCUGGCGGGGCAGGAGGCGCGCGCCGCGCCGCCGGGCUGGGCGCUCGCCUUCCAGAGGUCGGAGGGCCGCUACCGCUACGAGCGCGCGGACGGCCACACGCAGUGGGAGUACCCCGCGCCCGCGCCCCCCGCGCCGCCCGCCGACAUGGACAUAUGCACCACGCCGCCACAUUCCACGCCCGAUAAGGACGAAGUGUUAGUGCAGCCCCCCCUCCCCGCGUCCCCGCCGCCCCCGCCGCCGCCCCCGGCGUGGCAGUCCCCGCCGCAGUGGGCCGACCCUCCGCCGCCCGGCACUGACGACCCGCCCCCGCUGCCCGCCGCCCCAGCAAAACAAGAGAUAGGCGACGAACUAGCGUCGUUCUACAGCGACAUAGCAGAGUUGGAGAAGCAGGCGCCGCCGUCGGCGCCGCAGACCGGGGCCGGCACGCCGUCGCCGCCGCCGCCGCCGCCCCUCAGGCUGGAGGUCGAGGAAAAGAAGAAGGAAGAAGUCAAGCCUAGGAAGAAAACCAAGGUAAAAAUAUCAUCAUCAGUCGGUUUGAAGCACAAAUCCGUGUCGAACCUCGUGGCGAAGUGGCAGCAGGUUGCCGACGAGAUACACUCAGAUUCUUAGUGAAUAACCUCCAAUAGAACUUUAUUAAACCAUAGAUAAGAGAGUCGUGACACAAGAAAGGAACGCUGGUGCCAAAGACACGUAUAAAAACCUAGCGGACAAAUUGAGAAACAAUUGACAGGUCAUUGUCGCCGCUCGUUUAUAUACAACGAAGUGAAAAGGCAUUGAUGCUAAUUCCUGUAGACACCAUCUAAUUUUAUUUUAAGUUAUAUCUGUCGUUUUCUUAUCCGCCGAAAACGAAAGGGACGGGUAAUCGACAGGCAUACAAUUUAUGGAAUACACGUCAAUUUUAAGCAGAAACCUAAAACAACCGUCUAAAAAUUUUACAUCGUCCAAUAACUCGACAGAAUUAAAUUGACAGCACACGUCAAACGUUUUGCAUACCAGCGAGAUACCUUUUUGAUUCGCCCGGGUUAUUCAUUCAUUUACUUAUUCUUAAAAUUAAGAGCUGUCAAUCAGCCGUCUCUUUUCUUUUAGGCGGAUAUGAAAAUGACAGGUAUAACUUAAAAUAAAAUUAGGAGAUGUCUGCAGGAAUCGGGGCCAAUAUAAUAUAUCUAAUUACGUUGUCCUCAUUGAUAGAUUAUUUAAAAAAUGUAUUAUAUAAUUAUGUCAACUGUUACUGAGAGAUAGUGUGCUUGUGAUAUAAAGAGCAGUAACUGAUAUACUACGCAGAACUAGUACUAUACAUGUUUGCAAACAAUAAACAGUGUUCCUACAUCGUUAUAAAGCUCCAAUUCUAAACCUCUUGAGCUUUUUUGUAAGCCUGAUACUAAUCAGUUGAUAGUGAAAUGAUUUAAAUAAAAUUGCGGUGUCUAAAAAAGUAACAAAAUACUUGAGAAUCGUCCUAAAGAAGGUUACUUUGUCACGUAUAAACGAUUUGUAUUGCGAAAUUAAUAAUUGAUGUUUAUCUACAUUAAGAGUUUAAAAAAUUGAAGAGAAUUUGUGCCUAUUGUCCUUAGUAUAAUCCUAAUCCUAAAGUACCUAAUAGUGAUUUUAGAAGCUAUUUCUUCAAGUGGAUUUGUGCAGUUAUUAUAUCACGUUGUGAUGUCUGAAAAACGACGUGUUAUUCCUAUCGUACAUACAUAAACUCACGCCCUUAAUCCCUAAUGGGGGGCCACAAGGACAACUUGCAGCCACUGUUGAUACGAAGUCCUAAGAUGGAUAUGAUGAACCUU